AGUUGCACAGAUGAAGCAAGAUCCACAGAACGGGGAUCUUAAGAAACAAAUCCACGAAAGGCAAUCAAGAAUAGCAGCUCUUAAUGAAAAACAAACAUUGGGAACUAUCACUGCAGUGCCCAUUAAAGUUCCUCAGGUCAGCUCCUUGCAGAGGUUGGCAGGACAAGGACCAGCAGUGCUACCUCAGGUUAGGCCAAAGACCCUGAUUCCAGACAGCCUUCCUAUUUCCCCGUGCAGAGACCAACCAUCCAAACAGCCUCCUGCUUUCCAAAAGGCAACAGUAGUCAGCAUCAAAAACCCCAGCCCUGCUCUCCCCACUGCCAAUAACACUGUCAGCCAUGUACAGACACUUAACAGCAAGUCACACGGUGUUGAGUCUUCUGCAUCCAUUUCAUCACCUCUGAGUAGUGCGGGUGUGGCCUAUGCCAUCAUAUCCACCUCCCCAAACAAUGCAGCUCCUAUCAGCACCAGCGCUACUGUCUCUGUGGUCAAUGAUAGCAUUAAAGUACAGCCACUCCUCAUCAGUGCUGACAGCAAGGUUAUCAUUAUUCAGCCUCCAGUCCAAACCCAGACAGAAAGUAAAGUGGAGACAAAGAAAUCUCCUGAAGAGUCAGCUCAGGGACCCCCUGCUACCAAAAAGAAGAAGGAGGAAAAUCCGGAGAAAAUUGCCUUUAUGGUAGCAUUAGGCCUGGUUACUACAGAACAUUUGGAAGAAAUCCAGACCAAGCGUCAGGAAAGAAAGAGAAGAAGCACAGCAAAUCCAGCCUACAGUGGACUAUUGGAAACAGAGCGGAAACGCCUUGCAUCAAAUUAUUUGAAUAACCCCUUGUUCCUUUCUGCAAGAGCAAAUGAGGAUCCAUGUUGGAAGAAUGAGAUCCAUCAUGACGAACACUGCACAGCAUGCAAGCGUGGCAUUAACUUGCAGCCCUGUGGCACAUGUCCUAGAGCAUAUCAUCUCAACUGCUUGGAUCCUCCUCUGAAGACUUCCCCCAAGGGGGUAUGGAUAUGCCCAAAGUGCCAACAGAAGGUGUUAAAGAAAGAUGAAAAUGUGCCAUGGACUGGAACUCUGGCUAUUGUUCACUCCUAUGUUACUCAUAAAACAGUCAAAGAAGAAGAGAAAAGAAAGUUGUUAAAGAGAGGCAGUGAGCUGAAGAGUGAACAUAGAGAGCUAGAAGAAAAAGAUCGACUUCUCAACAAUGCAAUGAAAAAAUGCUUAGAGCUAAAGAACAGCCUGUUGGCCCAGCAGAAAGGGACGCAGUCAUCACUGGAACGUCUCAAAACUCUCAUUAGACUGAUACAAAAUGAGCAGAUGAUUCAGGUUACCAUGACGACAACUACCACCUCCUCCCUGCUAACCGUCCCCUGGAUCAAACCUUCAUCUGCCUCUGCUGCCAUGCACAAAGCCUUGCAGCAAUCACAGGGUAACAACUGACAGAGCCGGCUGUGAAAAGAUGGGGGCAAGAAAUAAAAAAAAAAAAACUGUUUACACAUGUGCAAAGGAGAAAUGAAACAGACACAAAGGGAAGUGGAAGGAAUGGAGAAACAAUCUCACUUUUUAUACGCAUAGAACUUACAAACCAAUCAGUCCAGUUUGUAGGUCACUGUGGCAGCAACUUGCCACAGAGUGGGUUUUGCUGCAGUUUUGUAUUUGCUGAGAUCUUCAGUGCUUAUGAGAUUUCUUUUUGUUAUGUUGGCCUUAAUGUAUCUAUGAAUAAGGAGGACCAGGAAAAGUACGGCCGAUAGAAAAUGGAAUAUUCUUUUCUGGGGAGGGCAGACAAUUUUAUAGUUCUGCUUUAAGGAAAAAAAUUAAAUACAAAGAGUUAGUAAGCUAGUAGUUAGGUAGUUGGGCGUAAAGCUAUGCGGGGGAGGGAAA